AUGCAGUACCGGCUUCUCGAGUGCACGUCGGCAGCGUGCUUGCAAGGCCGCUGUGAAUGGCGCGGAAAGGUCCUCACCUGCCCUACCACCCACAGAAUGACCGUGUAUGAAGCCGGUCGCCAUUGGUCAGAUGCAGCGUCGCCCCGACGCGUGAAACUUACAAGACAGCAGAAGAAGUAUUGUGGAGAGCUUGCUGCUCAGAGGGUGAAGCCAGUCCGCGUUCGUAAUGCGCUUCGAGUCCAAUUUGGUCUACAAGGGGAAUCGGUGCCACGAUUGCUCUCCAUUCAAAAUUUUGUCCACUACUAUUCAAAGACACAGCUUGGCUGCAAUGAUGACCACGAUGAAGUUGUGAAGAUUGUGCGCGAGAUGGCGUACCAAGAUGGCGCCGAUGACUUUCGACCGAUUACUUUCACGGAUUUCAAAACCCCCGAUGGUCUGCUUCACGUCGGUGAUGGCUCGGACGAGGAGCCUUUUGUCGCUGGAAUAACAACCCGGGCGUUGUUG